CUGACGUCACGGAGCAGAAAGCGAGAGCUGUGUGUUGAAGAAGCAAGCAAGCAAGCAAGCAAGCAGAGGCAAGAACACAGACGCAGCCUCCUUUCGCUACAUAAAGUGAACAGAAAUCUGUUCAGUUUGGGAGAGCUCCAAUGCCUGGUCCCACCCAAGCACUGUCCCCAAAUGGCGAGAACAACAACGACAUUAUCCCGGACAACGGUACCAACGUUAUCCCUUUCAGAAAACAUACGGUGCGAGGGGAGCGCGCCUACAGCUGGGGAAUGGCAGUCAACGUGUACUCUACCUCAAUAACCCAGGAGACUAUGAGCAGACAUGACAUCAUUGCAUGGGUCAAUGACAUACUCUGUUCAAACUACACUAAAGUUGAACAGCUUUCUUCAGGUGCAACAUACUGCCAGUUCAUGGAUAUGUUGUUUCCGGGCUGCAUCAGUCUGAAGAAGGUCAAAUUCCAGGCCAAGCUGGAACAUGAGUACAUUCACAAUUUUAAAUUGCUGCAGGCCUCUUUCAAAAGGAUGAAUGUUGAUAAGAUUAUUCCAGUAGAGAAGUUGGUAAAAGGUCGAUUCCAAGACAACCUGGACUUCAUCCAGUGGUUUAAGAAGUUUUUUGAUGCUAACUAUGAUGGCAAAGAGUACGACCCGCUACAAGCCAGGCAAGGCCAAGACGCCACCCCGCCCCCAGACCCUGGCGAGCAGAUCUUCAACCUGCCCAAAAAGUCUCACCAUGCAAACUCUCCAACAGCAGGUGCUGCUAAAUCCAGUCCAGCAACUAAGCCCUCAACGCCGUCAUCCAGGCCCUCGUCUGCUAAAAGGACACCAGCAACAGCAGUGCCUGCAAAGGAUGAAAAAGAAUUGGAAGCACAGGUCACACAGCUCAGUGAACAGGUAAAUUCAUUAAAAGCUGCAAUUGAAGGUGUGGAGAAGGAGAGGGAUUUUUACUUUGGAAAGCUGAGGGAGGUUGAGCUUCUCUGCCAGGAACAGGGACAGGACAGUGCCCAUCUUGUCGAACGAUUAAUGGAAGUCCUUUACGCUGCAGACGAGCAGGAAGUGCCAGGCGAACCCCAUGAAGACCAGGAGCAGCCGGCUCACGAGGAGGUCCAGCAGCAGGAAGAGUACUGACCGGAGCACUUCACAAUCGCAGUGUUUGCUUUGUGAGAACUCCUUUUUUUAUUUUUGUUUUGUUCCUGAAGAACAAGCACAUGCUGCCUCGAGGAGGAGGGGGUUACUUCACAUUCACCGUGUUCACACAGUUUAUUCAUGUGCUGUAGCAGGGAAUUACUGAAUAAAGUUUCCAUUGGUUCUGUAAGACACAGACGCAGCAAUCAUCUUUCAGUGAGGCAUACUGGCUGUUUUUCUAGGACUAUAUGUCACUUAACCACUCCACUGAGGAGCAGAUUUGUUCAGAGCUGGGGUAGUAGGGGUUUUCAAGGGUAGAUCAAAUGUAUUGUCAAUUUGUACAUAACCUGCUUUAGUGCCAUAUCAUAUUCUUCUAAAUUCAUUUUUUAAAUGUAUUCUAUUAACAUAUCCGUAUGUUGAUUUGUCACAAAGAAAAUUCUUACACACUUCUUUUGAGAAGACAUUUGGGAACCUUUUAUGAAACCUUUCAGAUAAUAGCUAUGAGCUUU